CUUAGGCACCCCGUACUACGCAUAUGAAGCCACAUACAUGGAGAAGCCUAUUGAGGGCACCCACACGACCCUAGCUGUCGGAAAGCGCAGCCCAGAUGUGUCUCGCUAUUUGCAUCUGGAUGGAGUGGGUGCUAAGGUUCCGCUGGGCAAACUCAAAAGCACCGCCGUGCCAGACACGGAGGCUUGCAUCUGGACUAUGAAAGGGACAGGGUGGAGGGCCACUCGCGUACCACUUGAUCCAAUAGCCAAUACGAUGGUCGAACGCGCUAGGUUAGAUCCACAGACAACAUUCCCCUGCACGGUUGUGGUCACACACCGUGACCAGAAGUACACGGUGGUGCUUGAUGAAGGCUAUGAUACGACAACGGCGACCAUGUGUGGGUAUAAGGAGAACAAACAACCCAAGAAAAAGAAGGCGUCAGUGGACGGAGAGAAAGGUAGUAGACAACCAGACAAAACAACUGGCGGUAUUGAUAAGGACGGUGACAGCGGCAUAAGUAGCAGCAGCAACAGCGAAAGCGCAGAUUCGGAUGGGGCAACGAAUAUGCGUAAUGCUCUGACUGGGCACCGCUCUAGUGAACCAGGGAAAGAGCUCAAGCGAACAAUCCGCCAGGCAAACCCCGAGAGGAAUGAGUUCGUGGUUUAUGACACAACUCAGAUCAAACUGAGAUACUUGAUAGAGGUUACUAGCAAGCAGUGGUUGGCCAAUCAACUCCAGUGAGAGCGAUACCAGAUGUUGUUGACUGAUAGGUGAAAACCCCCAGUAGUAAAUUAGAAGUGACAUGUAGAUUUGAUAUUGGGAGCUAUCCUUCGAGAAACAUCAAGACGAUAAAUAUCCAGAUAUGCUCUAUGGAAAGUAUACAUCUGCAUACACAAAUGUGACAUACCAAAUGUGACAUUGAUAAUUCUAUUUUCUAAAUCACG